AAACACAAAUGAGAUGAGAUGAGAUAGGAUUAUAGAACUGAAUUGAAUCGAAUUGAAUUGAAUUUCCUCAAACAAACAAUGGCAUCCUUAUCCCUCUCAUCACCACCAUCACUCUCUUCCUCAUUCUUCAAUGCCUCCUCACGACUUAACCUACGCACCCCUUCCUCUCUUAAACUACGCACCAAACCCCUCUCCUUCUCCGUCAAAGCCAUAACCCUCACUCAAGACGACCUCAAAAAACUCGCCGCCGAUAAAGCCGUCGAAUAUGUCAAAAGCGGCAUGGUCCUCGGCCUUGGCACUGGCUCCACCGCCGCCUUCGUCGUCUCCAAACUCGGCGAACUUCUCAACUCCGGCGAACUCACCAACAUCAUUGGCGUUCCCACCUCCAAACGCACCGAAGAACAAGCUCGUUCUCUCGGUAUUCCUCUCUCCGUUCUCGAUGAUAAUCCUCGUCUCGAUCUCGCUAUUGAUGGUGCUGAUGAAGUCGAUCCGUUUCUCAACCUUGUUAAAGGCCGUGGCGGUGCUCUUCUCCGUGAGAAAAUGGUGGAAGCCGCUUCUGAUAAAUUCGUUGUGGUUGUUGAUGAUACAAAAUUGGUCUCUGGUCUCGGUGGAAGCGGUUUAGCGAUGCCGGUGGAGGUUGUUCAGUUUUGUUGGAAAUAUAAUUUGAUUAGGCUUCAAGAAUUGUUCAAAGAAGAAGGUGUUGAUGCGAAAUUGAGAGUGGAUGAAAGUGGAAAACCCUAUGUGACUGAUAAUUCUAAUUACAUUGUUGAUUUGUAUUUUAAGACUCCCAUUAGAGAUGCAAAUGCUGCUGGAGCUGAGAUUUCGUCCCUCGAAGGUGUCGUCGAGCAUGGUUUGUUCUUGAACAUGGCUACCUCUGUCAUCAUUGCUGGUAAAACUGGUGUUGAAGUGAAAGACAAGUGAUUCAUUGGUAAAUUUUAUUUUCAUUUGUUUAUGAGUAUGUUGUACAAUUGUUUUGUUUUACUUGGAUAAUGAUAACAUAAAUAUUACAGCUUCAUUCAU